AUGACCGCGGAGAGCCAGCAGCCCCUGUGCGGGGCCAGCCCCGCCGAGCCCGGCCUCCUGCUCAUGCCCCUGCUGAAGGCGGAGCCGGGGCCCCCCGAGGCGGGGGCGCGGGGCGCGGGCCGGCGGCGCAAGCGGCCGGUGCAGCGGGGCAAGCCCCCGUACAGCUACAUCGCCCUCAUCGCCAUGGCCAUCGCGCACGCCCCGGAGCGGCGGCUCACGCUGGGCGGCAUCUACCGCUUCAUCACCGAGCGCUUCCCCUUCUACCGCGACGGGCCGCGCAAGUGGCAGAACAGCAUCCGCCACAACCUGACCCUCAACGACUGCUUCGUCAAGGUGCCGCGGGAGCCGGGCCGCCCGGGCAAGGGCAACUACUGGGCGCUGGACCCGGCGGCGCGGGACAUGUUCGAGAGCGGCAGCUUCCUGCGCCGGAGGAAGCGCUUCAAGCGCAGCGACCUCUCCACCUACCCGGGCCCCGCGCCCGACGGGCCCUUCGGGCAGCCCGCAGCCUGCUACCCCGCCGCGCCGCCCGCCCCGCGCCGCCUCUUCGGGGCCCAGCUCGUCCCGCAACCCGGCCGCCCGCUCAGCCCCGAGCUGGCCCCGGCCCCUGCCAGCUCCUGCGCCUUCGGGGGAGCCGCCUACGCCAGCGCAGGGGGCGCCGUCCCCUACCCGUACGCGGGGCCCGGGGCGCCGCUGCCGCUCGCCCAGGCGCCCUACCCGCAGGGCAGCGGCCAGCUGUACCCGCCCGGGCCGCUGGCCCUGGCCGCCUCGCCCCCGCUGGGCGGCGACAGCCGGGACUUCUACGGCCGCAUGUCCCCCGGCUACGGCCCCGGCGCCUACCUGCGCCCCGCGCCCUACCCCGGCGCCGCGGAGAGGUUCGUGCCGGCCGUGUGA